AUGUAUGCCACGUCAACGACGCCAACCUCUGGAUCCCGUGGUGACCUCUCCGGUGCUGCAGAGAGGCGCGUGCGGGUCAUCCGAUUACUGCGCCCGCGAAAAGCCGCACCAGCGUUCGGCUUCUCUUUGCGAGGAGGAAAGGAAUACGCAACUGGCUUCUUCGUGUCAAAAGUCGAACACAGCUCAGAGGCGCAUCUCCAGGGGCUGAAGGUAAGACAUAUAACAGCAUAUAAAGUUCUCUAG